AUGAGUACAGUUCAAUAUCAAAAUCAGCAUGGAGAUCAAAGACAACAUAUUGGUACUCCCGAUAUUGGAGAGAUGGAGAAGCGUUUCAAUGAUGCCAAAACGUAUAUUUUAUCAUCACAAAACAAGAAGGGUGUUAAUCUAUACACUCAUUUAGUGAAAUGUGUUUCACGAUUGUUAACCGAACAGCCACGCGAUAGUGCUAUCAUAUUCGAAGAUGUGAGCAAAUCGGUUCGAUCUGAAGAUGAGACACACGUCGAAGAUCAGCCACCUGCAGAUUCGGAACAAAUCUUGAACGAAGAACAGAAGCCACUCUUUGAAAAAGGUGAAAAUACUGAUGAUCUUGAUGAAGAUGCUUUACAAUCGCCAUUGCCACAUAUUCUCGAACAAGCGUAUUAUUUUGAACAAGCUGGUAUUGGUCUUGGUCGUGAUGAGACUUAUCAAAUAUGGCUGGCAUUGAAACAAUUAGUAGAUAAAAGUCAAUUUGAAAAACUUCGUUUUUGGGGUAAAAUACUGGGAACAGAGAAGAAUUAUUAUGUCGCUGAAGUCGAACAGAAUGCUGACGAAGAGGUCGAAGAAGAGGAAGAAAACGAAGAGAACAAUGAAAAUGAUGAGAAAGAUGCGGAUGAAGAUGAAGAAGGUGAAGGAGAAGAAGAUCCUUUGCCAAAAUCUGCUUACAAGCCACCACCAAGUGUACCAAAAGAAGAACGUGGAACAGGCGUGAACAAGUACACCUAUUAUGUCUGCAAUCGUCCUGGAGCACCAUGGGUUCGAUUACCGACUGUGACACCAGCACAAAUUUCUUUAGCUCGACAGAUCAAAGUUUUCUUCACUGGAGAUUUGAAUCGAGAAAUCAAGUCGUUUCCUGCCUAUCCAGGAACAGAAAAGCAUUAUUUACGUGCACAAAUUGCCCGAAUCAGUGCAACAACGCAAGUAUCACCCAAUGGACGGUUUAAAUUCUCCGAAGAAGAGGAAGAGGAGGAGGAAGGUGGUCGACAAAACUAUGAAGAUAACGAAGACUUUACAGGUGCACCAUUAUCAGAAUUGAUCGAUGAGGAGCUAAACGGAUGGGUUCAUCAUGUUUUACACAUUCUUCCUCAAGGCCGAACAAAAUGGUGGAAUCCAAAGGAAGAUGCUGAAGAAGAGGAGCAAGAAGAAGAGAACGAAGAGGAAGAUGGUAAAGCCGAAGAUCGAAUUCAGCCAGAGCAAGGCCCACCACUCCUCACACCCAUCGGUGCCGAUGCUGAAAUCCAUCACACGAAAGCUUGGACAGCGAAAAUCUCGUCGAAUCUGAUUCCACAGUAUGCCUGUGCGUUUGUUCGAUCAAAUCUCUGGCCAGGUGCAUAUGCGUUUGCUCGUGGAACCAUCUGGGAAAAUAUUUAUAUCGGUUAUGGACACAAAUAUUCAACGAGCGAUUAUCGACCGGAAUUACCUCCCAUACCGGCGAGUGAAUACAAUGAUGGACCAGAAAUUACAGAAGCUGAUGAUCCAACAGCUGAAGAUGAAGAAAAGGCACGUUUGGCUGCUGAAAAACCUGAGGAAGAAGAGGAAGGCGAAGAAGAAGUCGAAAAUGAAGAUGAAGAAGAUUAA